CCGACCCGGCAUAUCCAGUCGAUGACGUAAGGCCUGUAACUAUACCUGUGUUGACAGGAGUCUCGGUCUGAUUUACGUUCUUGCUCCAGCGAGGUUUUUUAAUCUUGACGAGAACUUGCUUAGAUCUGGAGGUCGCUCAUCCGGUGUGUUUCCGCAAUUAAUUGUGUCGUGGAUCUGGCGUACGCCAUGGCUGCCCUGUACGCGUGCACGAAAUGCAAUCAGAGGUUCCCGUUUGAAGCUCUAUCCCAGGGUCAACAGCUCUGCAAGGAGUGUCGCAUCGCCCACCCCAUGGUGAAGUGUACCUACUGCCGCACGGAAUUUCAGCAGGAGAGCAAAACCAACACCAUCUGUAAGAAGUGCGCCCACAAUGUCAAGCUGUACGGCACGCCCAAACCCUGUCAGUACUGCAACAUCAUCGCCGCCUUCAUCGGCAACAAGUGCCAACGCUGCACCAACUCGGAGAAGCGGCACGGGCCGCCGCAGCCCUGCGAGCAGUGCAAGCAGCAGUGCGCCUUUGACCGAAAGGACGACCGCAGGAAGGUGAGUCCCGGCGUCUGCGUAAGUCUGCGUGUCAGCCAGCGCGCCCCUCGACACGCUUUCCCUCCCCUGCAGGUGGACGGGAAGCUACUCUGCUGGCUCUGCACUCUGUCCUACAAGCGCGUGCUGCAGAAAACGCGAGAGCAGCUGGGCGGAGCCUCGCAUGCCUCCCUGUCGCACAAGGAGCAGCUGUCGCACUAUAACAGCCAGAAGACUCUGUCCACCUCCUCUCUGCAGAAUGAAAUUCCCAAGAAGAAGGGCAAGUUUGACAGCAUCUCCACCAAUGGAGACAGCUUCUCCCCGGAUCUGGCACUGGACUCCCCAGGAACAGACCACCUGGUCAUCAUCACCCAGCUGAAGGAGGAGGUAGCCUCACUGAAGAAGGUUCUUCACCAGAAAGACCAGCUCAUCCUGGACAAGGAGAAGAAAAUCACAGAGCUCAGAGCAGAGUUCCAGUACCAGGAGAGCCAGAUGAGGACCAAGAUGAACCAGAUGGAGAAAACCCACAAAGAUCUAGUGGAGCAGCUUCAGACGCGGAACCGGGAGCUGCUGAAGCAGGUGGCUGCGCUCUCCAAGGGCAAGAAACCCACCAUGACAUCACCGUGAGGGGCCUUGGGAGCCGGGGGGGGGGGGGGGAG